UUUAGGCGCGUCGUUUAUGCGUUUUUCACGAAUUUACUGUUUAAAUAAAUUUUGAACAAUAAUAAUAUUUGUGGUGACAUAAGUGGUCGUGUUAGUUAGCUUGUUUAUGAAGUGAACAUGGACUAAAAUUUGCUAUGGAUAAUUCGGUAUUCGGUUGUAGUUUUCGGAAAAGACGUGCCUUGGUAGCAGAUUUCACAAGCUAUCACCUCUCCGAAGGAUAAAUUGAAAUUCUGGGCGCCUGCAGGCGAACUCGGUAUUCCUGAGCCACGUCUACAUGUCAAGACACAACCAAAUCGCAUGGUAUGUGGUACUAUUCUUAAAAUAAUCAAUCAAAUGGAAUGGAUGAUAACAAUAAAUUUGAAAAUAUCACAGAGGAUUCAACAUUAAAUCAGACAUCUCUUCAAGAGUGGAUUCGUAUUGUAUUGAAUGCAACGUUUAUAAUGAACUUUUUAUUAAAACUCUCGCAUUUGAACCACUUCAGUUUCAUUCCGAAAACAAGUUGGGAAACUUCUCGAAGGCACUAAAGUCAACAAGUUAAUGGCGGAGAAUUUAGUUGUAUGCCCAGUUUCAAUUGUGUAGUAACAUGUACAUUUUCAUAGCCCCCACUUAAUUAUGUGUAGUACCCAAUCCAUUUAAGAAUUACCGAAGAGAUGGAAUCUACGCGGCUCCUAAUAUAUACAUUGUGGAUGUUGAUAUUUCCCGAGUCAUUUACAGUCUUCCAUGAAGGUGAAGCAGCCUACGCGGUAAAACGUUUCACAGGGUUAUACACGGGUCCAUAUUUCGAUCCAACUACAACUACAAAUAUAACAACCCAACUAGGAACCCAUGCCUACAUCCCCUGUAAAAUUAAGCAGCUAGGUAACAAAUCAGUGUCUUGGAUAAGAAGACGCGACGCCCACAUCCUUACUGUAGAUAGGUAUACUUUUAUAGCAGACGAUAGGUUCCAAGCCUUUUUUGUAGAAGCAACUGACACGUGGACGUUGCAAGUUAAAUAUGUACAAGCUAGAGAUGCAGGACAAUAUGAAUGUCAGGUCAGCACAGAGCCAAAGAUGAGUCACUUCAUAACCCUAAAUGUAGUGGUUCCGAAGAUAGAGAUAGAAGGAGAAUCUGAUAUCUAUGUGAAACGAGGUAGUACGGUUCAGCUCAAAUGUAAAAUAACGUUGUCCUUAGAAGAACCCGCAUACAUAUUUUGGUAUCACGAUGGUGAACGAGUGCUCAAGUACGACCAAAGCGCCAUUGAUAUACGCACAUCGCGAAAAGGUACAGAUACAACAAUUAGUACAAUGACUAUAUUCCGCACCAGACCAGAAGAUGCUGGCAAUUACACGUGCAGUCCGUCCAAUUUGGACUCUGCGAGUGCCUAUUUGCACGUUAUCAACGGUAAGUUUUUGUCGAUCAUCUGGGUAGGUACAGGAUAUAUACUAUUUAAUACUCAAAUAAUUAUUUUUUCAUUGCAACAUUUCUAUUUAAUAAAAAAUAUAGAUAGCGACACUGUGCAAUUUAUAAUUAUCAUUAUAUCAUAUCAGAUCAUAUCAUAAGUAUAUUUUAUGAGACGAUACUGUGCAGUAAUUCAUUUUAAUACCUAAUUAAUGAGUUUUAAGCUGCUUGUUCAUCGAUAUCCAAGGCCCAUCCAUACACGGAAACGAACUGAAAAAUAAUUCAGGAAGGAAGUUCUUCGUUCAAAUAUGGUAGCAGUUUGAGUAAGUAAAUUAGAUAAGUGCAAGGGGGCGAAGCAAAAAAAUGUCUCUACGAUAACAGAAGUGAGUAAUUAUCUCUCUGAUACAUAUCUAGUUGAUCAAUAACAUUUCUCGCAGUACAAAAUGUUAUGGUCUAAAAGAGAUUUUAUUAUUCAAUAUACCCUUUUCAAAAUUCAAUGCAAUUACUCUAGAGAUGUUCUAAGGAUUUCAUUUCAAAAAUUAGAAUCUAACUAACAUACGCUUGAACGGAUAUAAUUGAAGGUUACCUCUUAAUUCGAUAAAUUGCUUUGUAUCAGUUUGUACCGUAAAUCACUGAUUUUGAUUUUAUGGUUUAUAUUUUGAUGGUUAUACUAUCUUUCAUGCUAUAAACUUCUUUGUUUUUGAUUUAGGAUCAUGGACGUGGACACAGGACUCACAAAAGAUUUUUCGUCUUUUCUAAAAUACUACAAAUAUUAUUGAAAACGUCGUAUGUUUUGGUUUCGUGUUAGCGACUUCAGUCAUCACUACCUAAUGAGCUGCUUAGAGCUUCUGCUACGAGGUGUGGCUAUUAGAUAACGAACUGGAUGAUAUAAAAGAUUUUGAGCGUUUUUGUAGUGGGAUUGUGGCAAAAUUAAACACUCUAGUUAGUGUACUAACUCUAAUGUAUCUCCGAUCUUUCGAAUACUUAUAUAUCUAUUGUCUGGGACUGAAAUGAUGGUCAAGUACAAUAUAAAAAUAUGUAUAAAAGUAUAACAAAAAAUUCUUACAUCAAUUAGUUAAGAAUUGCGGCGUUUUAAAUUUUGUUGAUUCUUUUAAAAAGCAUCGAAUUCAUUUAUUUCAAAAAGCAAUAUUCAAAUUGACGCUUGAUAGAAAUAUCAAGGUUUUUGAUUAUAGUUGUAGGAAAUCUUUCAGUUCCUUCAAGACACGUGCCGCUUUUUCUUUUCACAGCUUCAACGUACUCAAAUCUUGUUCCUUUUAAUGCAAAUGUGACCUUAGAAAAGAGGUAGAAGUCGCACGGUGCAAGAUCCGUUGGUCUAACACUGGUACGUUGUACAUGGCUAGAAACUUCUUGGUAAACAGUGCGGAAAGAGCUGGCGCAUCAUCUUGAUGAAGAAGCCAUGACUUUUUCUAUCACAAUUCGGCUCGUCUUUUAUCUUAUUCUUUCACGUAGCUCAGUAAGAACUUGAGGAUGAUAAUGUUGGUAAGCAAUUUUAUUUUCAGAUGCUUUGAAUUUUCGUUUUUUUUUUACCCUUGCCGACGUUGAACUCUUCCAGCGCUUGGAUUAGCAAUUUGUUUCAGGAUCAUAGUAAAUAGUUAUUUACGUUAUAAGUCCGGGAAGUGAUAGAUGUUUAUAGAUGAGGCGACGAAGGAGCAAAUUAUUUCAAUUAAGUCUUCGAAAAGGUACAAAAGGGAAGAAGUUGAAACAUUUAUGAGGGACGCCCCAGACAAAGACUAUUUACUGGUGAAAGUUAUCGCAUUAAUUGGCAUUUUCGGAGGUUGUUGAAGGGAAGACAUUUAUAAUUUAGAAGUAGACGAUGUAGAGAAUAAUGAUUCUCAGUUAGUGGUUCGUAUUAAUCACACAAAAACACAGGUUCGACGGGUUUUUACUUUGAUCAACAGUAAUGCGGUGUAAUAAAUAGAUGUGUUCAGAAAAUAUAGAAAUUUUCGAAAACACCUUUUUAUAAAAGCACUUUUGGUAGGCUACAGACAAGGAAAAUGCGAAGGGCAAAGAGCUGGGAUACAUAAUGUUGAUGGGGCACCAAAAAAAUUGUUGAAUUCCUCAAUCUUGAGCAUCCAGAACAGCACACCAGACAUUGCUUCAGAAAGACUGUUGGCCAACGCUUGGGCUGAUAUCAAUGUUUUAAAACGGCAUGGUAGAUGAAAGAGUUCAUCAAUGACUGAAAAGUAUGUGGAAGAAUCCGUCGAGAGCAAAAAGAAUGAUACAAGGAGGUGAAACUUUUGUACAAGUGUUGAACCAAAACCACACAUCUUCCAGCAUUAUUGAAAAUAAAGAAGUACGUCCAGUAAUUACUACAAUAAAUGUUUCUGGUAACAGUAGUUGCACCAUUACUGUUAACAUUCGAUAAAUUAAAAUAAAAGUUUAGUUAUUGAUGUUAAUUAAUUUUUUAUUUCUAAUUAUUUGCAAGGAUACGAAAAGUGCCAUUUUCCGGACUGUAAACUCGACUUUACAGUACAGUAUGAAAAAAAUAUAUGCGUCACACGUUAUUACCUUUUGUAAUAAGUUUGAGUCGUUUUCAAUCGCUCUCAAAGUGUCAAUACAAAUAUUUUUUAAUCACACACCUUUCGCAUGUUUAAAUUUUUAUGUAAAAAUCGCCGCACAUAAUCUUUGUCAACAAGAUUACCGAAUUUUUCAAUAUUUUCAUCCAUUUUUGACGUGAAAGAGCGAUACGAAUGUAAAUCAUUUCGCAUAAACCACUCAAAAACACGUGGACGCGAUAAAUAUUCAUUGCCAUAUACUUGUUUUAAUAAAUUAUAAGUUUUAGUUCAAUUUCAUGUGAAAUUUCAUAACAAUCCGUUGCUUUUGUCUAUCAUUUAACGGCAAAACAAAAAACAGCACCUAUACAAACGAAGGAAACGGCUAAACUGGUUUAUUUUCAGACACUAUAAACAUGGAAUUCGAAAAAGUAGGCUUCAGGCUAAACAUAUAAUAACCUAUGACGCAUGCGUAUAUUUUCUAUAACAACGCUAUUCUCGUUAUUUAAUAGCCACACCUCGUGGACCUAACUUCGUUAACCAACGCAGAAUCUUUUACCGUAUUUUUGUUCUUUGCUGGCGUUUAUGCAUUGUAAAUCAUCUUUAACUAUAAUAUCCAGUUUCCUUUUGAAUAUUAUAAGUUAGGUACGACAUUUCUACACGUAAGUUUUACAGAAAAAACUAAGAAAACUAGGAGUGGGUAAAUGUCAAACGGAUCCGUUCCUCCUUGCUCGCUUUGCACAUGCUCUAGAACGUAACGUCGUCUGCGCGGUCAGAGUCAAAGUCAUCAAAAGCUCCUGGUAGAAACUUGAUUUCUUUCUCAAUCAUUAAAUACUUAUGCGUUAAUAUUUAGGUGUAAAUAUAUUUUGUGUUGAUAGGUAAAUCAUUGAAGUAAGUAAAAUGUGUAAUAUUUACAUAUACGUAUCAUAUUACUUAACUACAAAUAUCAUUUUUUAUAACCUUAAAGUAGAUUAUGGAGAGUAAUAAUAAAGAAGAACUGAAAUCUGAAUUAUUUAUUAUGGAAAGUAAGAAUGAAGAGGAAUUGAAGACUGGAUUAUUUAAUUGUCCUGAGUGUCAUCGAACGUUCGUCAUCAAGAGUAAUUUAACUAGGCAUUGCAAUGAAGCGCAUUCUAAAAAGGACAUUGAUUCACUUACAAAUGUAUCCCCACUUUGUCAGGAAUGUUUUACUUGCUCUAGCAAUUUAAUUAGGUAUUUUAACACUAAGCAUAAAGGAAAAUCUCAGACAUAUUUAGAGUAAGUUUAAUCAUGCAAAUAUUUAUUUUUAUCACAAAUGGACAACAAGUUCUGCAUAUAUUCAAUAACUCGAUUAUUUCAAUUCAUGCAAAUAUUUAUUUUGGCUUACUUUAAUUUUGUAACUAAUUCUUUCUGAUUUAUAACUAAUUUUACUUGUAUUUUGUAACUAAAUUAUUCUGAGUUGUAAGUGAUUUCUGUUAAUUGUUAUACGUACUUUACUAUGAACAUAUUACAGAUUUCUAUGUACAUACAAUUACAAAUUCAAUAUCUAAUUAAUAAAUACACAUUUUCCAAAUCUAUUUUUUUGUUUAAUGUUGACUUACAUGAAAAUAUUCAGUAUUCGAUUAUUUUUAUAUGUAAAUUUUCAUUUAAUGGCUAUACUACUUGUAUAUGAUAGUCUGGAAAAAAAGUUCCGUUGAGGAAAAGUUAUUUGUUGUAACAAUUUAUGCAAUUUGAAAUAAAAAACAGUAUUAUACUCAAAUCUCUUUAUUUAAUAUUUUACAUUAUAAUCCCAAAUGUUGUCAAUGUGUUAGUAAUAUCAAAAGAGAACAAUUUGAAUUAAUUUUAGAAAAAAAUUGUUAAUAGAACAAAAGUUCAUCCAAAUUUCAUCGAAAAAAUUUUCUCAACAAUUACCAACUUUUGGUAUCAACAUUUUAAUGAAGCAAAACUAAUAACCAACUAAUUCAAAUCCAAUUUUCUGAAGUUUCUUGUAAUCGAAGAAUGUUAUUGUUAAUUAAUAUUAAAAUCAAACUAAAUAAUAUGCAAAAAAUAGAUUAGAACAAAGCUCAAUUUGAACUUUUUUCGUGUAAAUCUCAAUUUCAUAAAAAUGUUUUACAGUUUGAAUGAACAUUUUAUUGACAUGAAAUUAAUCCAUCAAUAAUAAUAAUCUACCAAUGGACAAAUACUAUUUCAAAAUUACCCGCUGAGACGCAGCGCAUGCGCAAAGCGAACAAGGAGGAACUUCUCAGUCUACGUUUCUAUCAUUGCUAUGAACUUCGUACCUUUAUAUGGAUUUGGGAUUAAUUUGUGUCAGUUAUUGUUAGUUUAUUGCGUUUUAUGAUAAAUCUUCAAAUUAAGUCAAAAUUUGACAGAUCUAGUUUGUGGGUAUGUAUUAUUAUUAAUUGAUAAUGAUGUAUUUACUAAAAAUAUGAAAUGAUUGUUGGAACCACUACUGGUAUUAUCUAUAUUAAUUGAAGUAACUUAAAAGUUCUGUUUUGUAUAAAGCUUUAAGAAAAAAAUAAAUAUUGAUAACGCCAGCUAAACUUAAUUCCCGCAAUUAAUUCAUUUCUUCUAUCCAGGGAAAUUGGAUUUUUUCAGAAGAAAGUCAAUAAGGAAAACGUCUUCGAUAAAGAAUUUGGGAUGAAGAAGGAAGUUCACGAGGAGAAAAAUAAAGAAAAGAAACAAUUUUAGAGGGAAUAAAUGAAAAUGAAAAUGUACUUUUAUAUAUUUAAUUCAGUAAUAUAUACAAUGUUUAAAA